UCUGUAGAAGGCAGACCCGUUCAGACACCGAGGGAGAGCACACAGCAGGACUGCCUUGUCUUAGUGAAAGCCAAGGAACAAAGAUGGAGUCUGUUUACAUUAAACAGGAGGAGGUUCUGGAAUUGGUACCUAUCUGCAUUAAACAGGAGAUGUCUGAACUGGAGCCUGUCUACAUUAAAGAAGAGGAGACUGAACUGCAACAUGUCCACAUUAAAGAAGAGAUUGAACCGGAACCUGUUGACAUUAAAGAAGAGACUGAACUGCAGCCUGUCCACAUUAAAGAGGAGUCUAUUGACUUGUUUAAGGAUUCAGGAAACAUAUCCCAGCCAGUGAUAUCGCAUCAGUAUACUGAAUGUGGGAAGAGCUUCAGUCAGUCAGAAAACCUAAAAACACACCAAAGAAUUCAUACAAGACAGAAGACGUAUCGCUGUACUGAAUGUGGGGAGAGGUUCAGUGCAUCAAGAAGCCUAGAACAACACCAGCGAAUUCACACGGGAGAGAAGCCGUAUUACUGUACGGAAUGUGGGGAGAGCUUCAGGCAGAUAGGACACCUAAAGAGACACCAGCGAAUUCACACUGGAGAGAAGCCGUAUCACUGUACUGAUUGUGGGGAGAGCUUUGUUGAGUCAGGAAACCUACAGAAACACCAGCGAAUUCACACAGGAGAGAAACCGUAUCACUGUACUGAAUGUGGAGAGAGCUUCAGGCAGUUAGGACACUUAAAAAGACACCAGAGAAUUCACACUGGAGAGAAGCCGUAUCACUGUUCUGAAUGUGGGGAGAGCUUCAGGCAGUUGGUACACCUAAAAAAACACCAGCGAGUUCACACUGGAGAGAAGCCAUAUCACUGUUCUGAAUGUUGGAAGAGCUUCAGUCAAUCAGGCACCCUAAAAAGACACCAGCGAAUUCACACUAAAGCCAGUCUCCCUCCCUCCCAGUCCCUACUUCUCCACCCUGCUUGUUUGAGUGUGUGGAGAGCUGUCUGAUUCGUUGUCUCUCUCUCUCACCCUGCAGUAGGUGAAGGGGGUCCUCAGGAGUGAGAGCCAGCCAGAGACAUUGAGAAGGGUAGCAUGUCAAACUGAAGGAGUAGAGCCAUUCUUUCAGAAUAAACUGGAGAGCCCUGGGAUUGAGCUCCACUCCUGCCCCUGAAUUGGAAGUGAAUCUUGCUCAUCAUGCUGUGACGAUUGAGGGCAGAGUUACAGGUAAUUUUACUUAGAAGGGACACCUUGGAAAUACAUACCAAGUUUUUUCUCUGAACACUCACAGUGCCUAUUGAAAGUCUACACCCCCUUUCAAAAUUUUCACCUUCUGUUGCCUUAUUGCCUGGAGUUAAAAUGCUUUUUUUUUUUUCAUUUAUCUGCACAUCCUAC